AUGAUCGAAAAAUCAAAAAUUCGAUAAAUGCUUCUUGAUAAAUCGUUAGGAUAGAUUUUGAAAGUCGAUGGACCUGUAGAAUGCAUUCAAAAUGAGGAUCAAUUAGUUAAUUUACAAGCCUUUCAUUAACAUUUUCAUACAACUGCCAAGAGAGAGCACUCAGCUACAUCCAGAUUCAGAAACAAGGUUGACAAAAUAUAGGAUGAAUUUUGGAAAUGCAUCAGACCCAGAACUCCUUCAGUCUCUAUCAAUUGUAGAUAGAGAGUGACGAUAUUUGAAGAACAAAAAGAUUUUCAACUGCAGUAAGCCACUAAUUUUGUAAUUCCAUGGGAGCCAACGAGAAAACACAUUCCACUUGAUAAAUAAACGAAAAGAAAAUCGUGGCAUACUUAAGUCGUAAUGCCUGAUUUGAACCAUUUGCUAUGUCAACUAUUCUAAAGGAUCGUUUAAUAGAUAGAGACCAACAUCAUAAUAUCAUAUAGAUGA